AUGUCAGAAACCACCAAUUCGAAAAUGAAACUGAAGCUUCUUAUUGACAAAAAAGCUCAGAAAGUUCUUUUUGCAGAGGCAAGCAAGGGUUUUGUAGACUUCCUAUUUAGCCUCAUGUCAUUACCAUUGGGAAAUAUCAUUAGGGUUCUAACAAAAAGUAACAUGGUGGGUUGUUUAGGAAACCUGUAUGAAAGCAUUGAAACCCUAAGUUACAGUUACCUUCAACCUUCCCAGCACAAGGACUUCAUUUUGAAGUCAAAAUCUCCCCUUCUUCCAGUUGACACUCCUCUGUUGUUGCCCGACACUAAUUCUGGUCAUCCGAAGAUGUACAUAUGUGAUACUCCUAAUCAUUGUUAUGUGACUUUUGAACCAGACACACCUUGUCCUACUUGUAAAACCUUAAUGAACUAUGAACCCACUUUUAUAAGUUCCGAAAGUGAUAAGCAAGUAACUGCCAAAUAUGGAGAAGGUGGGUUUGUGAAAGAUGUGGUGACCUAUAUGGUAAUGGAUGAUCUUGAAGUGAAGCCAAUAUGUACAGUCUCCAGUAUCACUUUAAUCAACACUUUUGGUAUUACUGAUUUGGGUUCUCUUCAAGAGAAAGUGGUUGAUUUUGGAGUAGCUGAGGGUUUGAUGCUUCUUCAGGUGUCUUUGCAAGCCAAGGAUGUACUGACCAGUGUUUUCCUCAAGACAUAA